AUGGUCUUUGUCCUGCGAAGACUCACCUUCAGAUCGACCCCGACUCUCCUGAAGAACUGCUGUGGUGGUGGUCCGCAUCAGCGACAGCCGUUUAGAAAUCUCUCUCAGCAGCAGCAGCAGCAAAAGUACCGAAUUGCCGUCAUUGGCAGCGGACCGGCGGGAUUCUACACCACACAGCAGUUGCUCAAGGUGACUACUUUAAAUCACAAUGUCUCUGUGGACAUUUACGAAAAGUUCCCCGUGCCUUUUGGGCUGGUGCGCUUCGGUGUGGCGCCUGAUCAUCAGGAAGUGAAGAACGUCAUCAACUCCUUCACCAAGGUGGCAAUGAACGAGCGGACGCGAUUCAUUGGCAACAUCAACAUUGGCGGCGGCGAUGUCGGCGGCAGCGGCUGCGAUGUGACGCUCGCCGAGCUUCGCCAGGCCUACCACGCCGUCGUCCUCUGCUACGGCUCCUCCCAGGACGCUCUGCUGGGCAUUCCCGGCGAGUCUGAGCACCGGAACGUCAUCUCCGCUCGCCGCUUCGUCGGCUGGUACAACGGCAUUCCCGCGGACCGCGAUCUGGACGUGCAGCUGGACAGCGACACCGAGACGGCCGUCAUCAUCGGCCAGGGCAACGUCGCCCUCGACUGUGCUCGCAUUCUGCUGCUCUCCCGAGAGUGCCUCAAGCGGACUGACAUCACCCGGCACGCCUACCGCCGACUGGCCGACAGCCGCGUCCGCCGGGUGAUCAUCAUUGGCCGCCGGGGGCCGAUGCAGGCCGCCUACAAGAUCAAGGAGUUCAGAGAGCUGACGAAGAUGGAGGACUGCCGGCUGCGCAUUGAGCUCAGUGGACAGCAGGAGCGGGAGGCGCUCAGCUUCAGUGACGAGCUUCUGUUCAGAGAGCUGACGAAGAUGGAGGACUGCCGGCUGCGCAUUGAGCUCAGUGGACAGCAGGAGCGGGAGGCGCUCAGCUUCAGUGACGAGCUCCUGAACUCACUGCCAAGGCCGCGAAGACGCUUCGCUGAGCUGUACAAGAGGAUCAUCGAAGAGGAAGAGACAGCCGGCCACCGGAAUAAGAGCUACCAGAAGGAGUGCAUCCUGCGCUUCUUUCAGUCUCCCGUGGAGAUUCUCGGCUCCAGGAGCAGGGAUGGAUCGCCCUCUACCUCCGUCUCGGGCAUUCGUCUGAAGCGAAACCUGCUCAGCGACUACAUCUCAGAGGACGCCAAAGUGGUGGGUGAAGGGGAAGGGGCAGCGCUGGAGGAGUUGCCCUGUGGCCUGCUCAUUCGCAGCAUCGGCUACCGCAGCACAGCGCUCGACGACCGGCUGCCCUUUGACGCCCGGCGCGGUGUGAUUCGCAACGACUGCGGCCGCGUGGAGGACUCGCCCGGGCUGUACUGCUCCGGCUGGGCAGCCUUUGGCGCCACCGGCGUCAUCCUCAACACCAUGAACGCCAGCUUUGAGGUGGGCAAGAACAUUCUCGCCGACCUCGAGGCAGGUCGGCUGCAGGUGGCGGCGUCCAGUGGUGAGCGGACCGGUUUCGAGCGGAUAGAGCCGCUGCUGAGGGCGCGCGGCGCCAACGUCGUCGAUUUUGUCGACUGGACGGCCAUCGACGAGUACGAGCGACAGCAGGGACGGAAGGAGGGCAAGCCACGCGAGAAGGUCGUCAGCGUCGAUGAGAUUCUCAAGCUGAAGGCGGAGAAGACGGCCUCGAAGAAGGGCAAGGACAGAAGGGGUGGUGAGAGUGACGACGAGACGCCGCUCCGGUGA